GCGGAAGUGACGUUGCUUAGUUACCGUCGCUAGGGAAACCUACUCAGUAGUGAGUUCGAGUCUGUCACACAGAAAUGGUGUGUUGUUGUGUUUCCUUGUCGACACUCUGGGUUUGUUUGCACUAGUUUCAUCGCUAAAGACGGUGACAUAUUAUCUGACGUAAAAUAUAAGCUAACGAUGUACAGCCCGAAGGAACUGGAAGGGGAGGUCGAUCAUUCGUUCUUCGACAGCGACUGUGACGUGACCGGCACCAAGCCAGAAAAACCCGUUCACCUGGAGAAUGAGGAGAGAGACAACACCAACGAGAAGCUUCCCAUCCAAAAUGAAAGGAGGAGAGAAAAGGAGAAGUCCGGUGUAGAAACGUUGGCGAAAGAGAUGUCCGGACUACAGGUUCAAAGCGGGUUCAUUGUGAAGGAUGGUUCUGAAUGUGUGGAGGAAAUCAGGAAAAAGGAAGAACUCGAAAAAAGAGAUCCUCUCGAACAGAAGGAUGGUGUUAAAAAAGACGAAGAGGCACGUGGAACAGACGACUCUGACACCUCAUCCAGGAAAUCUUCGCCGCUCCCUUGUUCUGACAUGUCCAAGUCAAACCACGGAAGCCAAUCGGACGAGUCGUCCAGCAUCUGCUCCUCCUCCUCUGCAGCUGAGGAAGAUGACGAGGAUGUUGGAUCCCGUCGCAACGGACCGCCCAAAAAGUCCACCGGCAAAUUCCGCACCCGGAGCCAUAGCUAUGUGUCAUCAUCCAGCAGUGGAGAGAGAAGCCCCACCCCUGUGGCUAACCCCACCAGCUCUCAGUCAACCUCGUCCCCACGGCGACAGCCACGACCAGGAUCAGCCAAUCGAAAGAAAAGGCCUAAAACCACAGAAAUGGAAGAUUCUGAUGAUACAGUGACCGACGUUACUCCUCUGUCCUCUCCGGACAUUAGUCCACAACAGUCAUUCGACCUGGCUCCGCCCACUUCUGCAGAAUCGCUCCUACCUGCUCCGAAUAUUGAAACUGUUGAUGGACAGCAGAAUACGGAUAGAGAGGAACGAUCUGCUGUGCUGAACACAGGCAGGCAGAUUGGCAGCAGCUCCUCCAUCAGCAGCGCAAGGAGCAGUGCAAGCCGGCACAGUAAGAACUACUCCUUCAACAGCGAAGAGGUGCGACGCAUCGAACACGAGAACCAGCGGCUCCUCCGCGAGCUCUCACGCUCCUCCACUCGUACCUCCACUCGCCCCACCCGUCGCUCCCCUGCACCGGCCUGCCGUCUUUAUCACAGCGCCCUCAACAGGCAGCGUGAGCAACAGCGCAUCCAGCAAGAGAACCUGGCCUUAUUAAAGCGUUUGGAGUCAGUAAAAGCGACUCGAGGAAUGACUCGAAUAGAACAGCUAACAGAAUACCAGCGCCAAGUCGCAUACCUUGGAAUACCUACACCACUCAUGAGACCUGCAUCAGGACGACCCUCCAGAACCUGCCGUUCUCCCAGUCCUCACAGAACCAGACCUGAAACCGCAAAACCCACCAGAACCACAGGUCCGCGGCCGGCCUGGUCCUGAUCCGAACCCCGUCUCUAAUCACAUGCAAAACCGCUCAAACGCUUCCCGCAAUGCAGCACCUCAGAUCUGGGUCGUGAGAAGCCGAGAUUCUGACGGACCACUUAAACGUCGUAAGUCGGACCUUCACGGCCUGGUGAUCGGCUAGUUAUACGUUUUUAGUGACUAAUAAGUUGUAGGGGUUGAUAGAAGUGGUUGGUAGAGAAAGGAACACAAUGAUGAAUUUUAUCUUUACAUGUAAACCCAUUUUUUAACUUUGUUAGACUUCGUAUCAUGUUGCCUUAACGCAAAAUGUUCAUAACCCGUCCUGUACAUCUGUAGAGGCCACACAUUCAAAUGAUUUCGCUUCUUCUCAAGCUCACUAAUUCUCCACCAGCUAGAGGACAUAAAAUCUGUGCGGUUUAUUGUCCAACACGGUGAUUAUUAGUUUUUAAAAUAUUUUCAAAUCAAGGCUAUUUGUUUACUGGCGUAUCUUAAUAGAACAAACUGUUAUAACAUUUUGAUAUACGACCCAUCACACUUUAUACCACUAUGACCGUUUGUGUCUGGAUUUAUGUUAUAAACUAAGUUAUAAUAUACAAUCUGGACAGAUUUAGCUCAAUAAAACACAUCCGUGACUUUAUUCUCAGAGUACGCACAUAGGACAAUCGACAUCAGCCAUUCAUAAUAUUUAUUGUUUUGCGGAGGAGGUUUGAGCUUUAGUUUGCUGUACAUUGCACUUAGUAAGGUCAGAGAACUUAAACGGAUCGUUUAGAUGCUCCUCUAAGAGCUACGUAUGCUUGCUUUCUUUGUGCCUGAAACAUUAGUGGGCUUACGUGCAAGUUUAAAGAUCAGUAGAUAUAAAUUAUAUAUAUAUUUGAUAUUGUCAAAUCUGUAUGUUGGAAUAAAAAUGUAAAAUUUA